UCCCGUUCCCCGGAAGUGCGCCGUAGGAGAGGAAGUGCGUGCCUACGGUCGCCGGCAGCGGUUCCGAGAUGGUGGGCGGCGGCGGGAUGGGGGGCGGUCUCUUGGAGAACGCUAACCCCCUCAUCUAUGAGCGCUCUGGGGACCGGCCAGUGACCGCGGGCGAGGAGGACGAGCAGGUUCCAGACAGCAUCGACGCGCGCGAGAUCUUCGAUUUGAUUCGCUCCAUCAAUGACCCGGAGCAUCCCCUGACGCUAGAAGAACUGAACGUAGUAGAGCAAGUCCGGGUUCAGGUGAGCGACCCCGAGAGCACAGUGGCCGUGGCCUUCACACCCACCAUUCCACACUGCAGUAUGGCCACCCUUAUUGGCCUGUCCAUCAAAGUUAAGCUUCUGCGAUCCCUUCCCCAGCGUUUCAAGAUGGAUGUGCACAUUACACCAGGGACCCAUGCCUCAGAACAUGCAGUAAACAAGCAGCUUGCGGAUAAAGAGCGGGUGGCAGCCGCCCUAGAGAACACCCACCUGCUUGAGGUUGUGAACCAGUGUCUAUCAGCCCGGUCUUGAGCCUGGAUUUUGCUCCCGGCCCCACAUAGGGCUCAUGGCCCUGUUUUCUUGAAUCACUGACAAUAAAAAACAAACAUUUUGCAUUUUGUAAUAAACCCUUAAUUUAUAUUCA